GUGAAAUCGCUGAGUAUUCGAUUGAAUCGUGUGAAUGAGAUGACAAAAUAAUAAAAACUGAAUUAAAUCUGAUUUGUAGCUUGUGAAAAACAGAGGCUCAUUUUGAUUUUUUAUUUUAUUUUAAGUUUCAGUAUGUUGGACCAUAUCAGAAUUUUGGAGGCUGCCGAUUUUGCCGCCAGAAAGCACACGGACCAACGCCGAUUAGAUUCAAUGGAGACACCUUACAUUAAUCACCCCUUGGGCGUGGCUUGGAUCCUGGCAAAGGAAGGUGGAGUUGACGAUACGGACACCCUUAUAGGUGCCAUUCUUCACGACACGGUUGAAGACACGGACACCACUUUCCAAGAGAUUGAGCAUCAUUUUGGACCCAAACUGCGAGGGAUUGUGAACGAGGUCAGUGACGACAAAUCGUUGCCGUAUGAAGAGCGGAAACGCCUCCAAAUCGUCCAUGCCCAAACGUGUUCACGAGAGGCGAAACUGAUCAAAUUGGCCGAUAAGUUGUACAAUCUCCGGGAUUUAGAGCGGGAAACGCCUCAAGGAUGGACCGAGAGCCGAAAGGCCAAGUAUUUUGUUUGGUCGUCCAACGUGGUGGCAAAACUCAAAGGAACGAACAAACCUUUAGAAGAAGAAUUGAACAAGAUGUUCCAUAGAAACAUCCCAGGCUUCAAGCAUAACAAAAAAUCGUAGAAUGUCACCUCAUUUUAUCUUUUAUUCCCCGGUGACAAUCGUGGCCUCGAUUUUCGAGGUUGGGUGUCGAACGAUGAAGAAAACAAGACCGACAAGACCUCAUACCUGAAACCCUUGCAACAGGUUUUUCUUGGUCAUCUGUAUCCUAAGUUAUCUUUACCCUUAUCUUUAUCGUAAGAAACACGUUUCCAGCGACAGUUAGUCGUCGAACCUGGCCAUUACUUGACUAAUAUUAUGACUGAACAUUCCAAUCAUUCUGAGUGAAAUAUAUAAAGAUCUAUUUGGUGUA